AAAGUGAGCUCUCGUUUACGUUUUCGUAUCAAAUAUUAAUAAUCAGUAAGCACAUUUGCGGAUCAUUAAUACUUUAAGAGAAAAAUGUUAACCUUAUAUACGUUAACAUUCACAGUAAAUAACGAAGCGUGUGUAAGCUUCUGCUGAGAUCUCGCGAGAUUUCCCGAGACUCUUAGUUCUAUCAGAUCCGCCGCGCUUAACAGCGGUCAAGAAGUUUACAAGCAGGCGGAAUGGCUAAAGUAGAGUUAACGCCGCUUAGACCUUGGGAUGAUUUCUUCCCUGGAUCUGAACGAUUUGCCAAACCAGACAUCCGCGAUUUAUCGAAAUGGAACAACAGAGUUGUCAGCAACCUUCUUUAUUACCAGACUAAUUACAUGGCGAUGGCAGUGAUCGUGUUUCUGAUAGUUGGGUUCAUGAACCCCAUUGGCAUGUUGACCGGAGCUUCAGUAGUGGUAGCAGUGUUCCUUGGCGCUGUGUGGGCUGGAGAAAACAAAGCUGUGAUCAAGAACUUUAAGAAAGACAACCCUACUCUAUUUGUCUUUUUAGUGAUGAUUGCCAGCUACCUCCUUAUGUCUCUCUUUGGCGGAGUCAUGGUUCUACUUUUGGGGAUUAAACUCCCGCUGAUGUUGAUCUUCGCUCACGCAUCUCUGCGUCUGCGCAACAUGAAGAACAAACUGGAGAAUAAGAUGGAGAGCGCAGGGCUGAAAAAGUCACCCAUGGGCAUUCUACUGGAAGCACUCGGCCAACAGGAAGAGAAUUUAAACAAGAUUCAAGACUUCCUGGAAAGCAAGCUCAAGGAAUGAUGGCGACGUUGGCGACUUUUCCAUGUUUUCAUUCUGCAUGAUCAGGAUCCGGGUGUACGGAUGAUUGCAUCUGCAAAAGAUGUGAGAGUGCGCUUAACUGCUUGCAGUGAGAUGUUUAUCAAGUGACAUGAUAUCAUAUGUUACAAAGCACAAUUUUUUCUGUUAAUUGAUAUGUUCUUGUUUUUCUUUGAAGGUUUUUUUUUUUUUUUUAAAUAAAGAAAUAACCAAAGAUUAUGAGAACUGAAAAGAAAGGAACAUUGCAGGAUGUGAAGCUAAUGUGAUGAGUGUGGCUUCUAGGUUCAAGUACCAUUAGCAUGAUUUAAAGGUCCACUUUUCGUCCCGGGUGGAUUUCUGGGAUUUAUUUAAUCAAUGAGAAACCAAAAUUUGUUGACAAUAUUUUGCUCAUUUUCAGUAACUUCUCUGUAUUUGAAUGCGUCUCAUUUAUCUUGAACAGUCAUGAACAGCAGCAUGUCUUGCUUCAAGAGGAAAUAAUGCAAUGAAUCAUUUAUACUGUGAAAGUCUGAACCGUUUGUCUUCUGUUUGCCUGUUAGCUACCACCUUAAAAAUAUCAAGAUGUUUAGUAUUAAUAAAUAAUGAAGUUAUUAUUAUACAGUUAACCUGAAGAUCAAGUGUUAAAAUUCAUCAUUCAGAUGAAUACAGCAAAAACACUCCAUGAUGUUACUGAAUUACAAAAAUAAAGUGUUUGAAUUUUU